UUUUAGCCUAUCCCCAUGGGGUGUGUUGUUGUUUGCCAGUAUAUGUAGAGCAGCUUGAAGCCUCCCUCCCCUCUCUUCCUCCCUCCCCCUCCGGCUGUGACAGCUCAUCCAUAUGAGUUAGAUGAGCAGGCUGGGCUGCAGUCCUGUUGGUAAUUGCCUCUGAAAUGAAUUACUUGGCAGAGAGCGAGACUGAGGGAGGGGAGGAAAUUGUAAUUGAACUGCCCCCACUCUCUCCCUGUCUCUCCCUUAUGCCUCAAGUUAUUACAUCUGCAGUGCAGAAAGCCAUUUUCGGUCCGCACAUAGACACACAUACACACAAAAAAAUCACACUCUCACAAACCAAUUUUUUCCCUCCCCCAUGCCACGGCCUCUGCAGAGACCCAUUUGAUGCGGGGUGAUUUCAUAGAUUGGUGGUUCACAGUCACAUACACACUGGACUACACUUCCAGUCUUAUUCAUAGCAUGAAGCAAAUACUACAAAUACUCUCUCACACUUUGUAUUUGCUUGUGUUUACUUUUGUUUGUACCGCACUCUUCCCAAUCUGCCCCUAUUUUGGGUGCCCUUUGGCUGGCCUUGGUGUAUUGCUCAGGCCUAAUGGGGUGCAGACUCUGCAGCUGGCACAAACAAAAGUUGUUUUGAGUUGAAAGAGAGCCCUGGUAACCCCGUACACAGACACACAGCCAAAGCUCCGUUAUUAAUAACUUGCCUGUUGCUGGCCUGUUGACAGUUGAAGCCUGAUGGAUCAAAGAGAUAACCUUUCAGUGUUUGAGGUUGAACAUUAAUACAUAGAAUAUACUAGUUUCCUUUCUUUAUUUAGUGGCCCUACUUAGAGCGGAAGGGCCAGAAGUCCAGUUUUGGCCCACCUUUGUCGCUCGCACUUGUUUUGUCCUUUGGCCUUUUUUACAGCCAGGGCAUGGACUGACAGGGGGGAGUGAGUCAAACGAGCCCCAACCAGACAUGCUCAUGUUGUGACUCCAGCCACAGCACACAAUGGGGAUCUAUUUCUGUAAAGCACGGGGGUUAUCUCUCCACUUACAGGGAGUUCUCUCUCCCUCCAUCUCUUUAUCUACCCACUUGCACAAAUCAUGGCCGACAGAAACAGCCGGUUGAGCGUUAAGAAGAAAGACAAGAAGGUGGAAAACAAAACCAACGAGGAGAAGGACAAACCAAAAGAAAAAGAAAAGGGGAAGGAGAAAAUUGUGAAAAAGCCUGACAAAGUUGCGAAGAAGCCAGGAACACCGUCUAAGGCCGAUGAAGAGCCAAAGAAUGAGGAAAGCGGAGAGGCAACAGGAGCGGAGGCAACAGGAGCUGAGGCAACAGGAGUGGAGGCAAAGAACGGUGAAGAGAACGGAGAGUUUCAGCCCAUUGAGCUGCCACCAUUUGAGAUUGUCACAGGGGAACAGAUGAGCCCGUUCUACUUCAAGUUUCAGUUCAGGAACGUUGAGUACUCAUCAGGGAGGAACAAGACCCUGCUGUGCUUUAGAGUGGAUACACCAGGAGGCGACAGCGAGCCUUUGAAAGGUUAUAUGGAGGAUGAACAUGCCACAGCUCAUGCUGAAGAGGCCUUCUUUCAACAAGUGCUCCCUAACCCUUCCCAGGAGUAUGAAGUCACAUGGUAUGUGUCAUCCAGUCCCUGUGUGUCCUGUGCAGCCAAGUUAGCCAACAUCCUUAUGCAGCGCAAAAAGCUUCGUCUCUGCAUGUUCUGCUCCCGUCUCUUCGAGUGGGAGCAGCCGGAGAUAAUAGAUGGGCUCCGGGCUCUGGUGAGUGCUGGCUGCAAACUGCGGAUGAUGAAGCCGUCUGAUUUCAAGCUUGUUUGGGAAACGUACGUGGAGAAGGAAGACCAGACCUUUGAACCCUGGGAGGAUUGUCAGGAGAACUACAGCUACUAUGUAGAGAAACUGGCUGAUAUCCUCAAGUAGAGAGGCGUCAGUGGACAGGUGGUUGAAAAUGUGCUUCCUGCAGUCAAGUCUGAUGUUGCAGAUCAAUAUUAGUUUGAAUGAACACUCAUUUUAUUUUAUAUUUUUUAUUUUGAUAAUUUCAUAAAGAGACACAAAAUGCUUGAAUGGCAUUACUGUAGCUGUACUUUGGAUAAAAAUCCUACCAUAUGCAAACAGUCAAGCUUUUGUGAAGACUAACUUCUAUCUACUGACCUCUGGUGUUUGUUACAUGAAUUAAAACAUUAACUAAAGGUUGAUUGCUAUAUUCUUCUACACAUCAACACAUACCUACAGUGCAUACAUAAAAGCUACCUAUCAGCUACCUAUUGUAAAUGUUUAUUACAUAAAUAAUGUUUGGUUCUUUAACAGUACCUUAAAAAGUCAAUCCAUACAUAAAAACGUUAAUAUGUACAGCAGCAUUGUGAUAUGAAGAAAUGUUCAGUGCAGACAACAAUCUUGUCACAUUUAUGACACGUUUACAUCAUACAUAAGGUCUAUGAGUUCAAUUGUAAUAUAUCCUCAACCAUCUGAUAAAUUCUGACAUUUACAGCCCUAACAGGAUAACUACAAUAAAUGACCUUAAAAGCUCAAAUUUAAUGAAAAUUGGUUUUCAACACUUCUGAUAUAAGUUUCUGUUAAUAUUGUGCUUUUACAAAACAUAUGCUUACAAAAUAAACUAUAAA